AUGGACACAAAGACGCUAGUCCUCAUAUUCCUAGCUGUAUCAACAACAGCAGAUGGACGUUCAGCAAACAAGAAGGAGACUGAGAUCCGCUUUGACCCAACAUGGGAGUCUCUAGAUUCUAAUUCUAGGCCAUUACCAACAUGGUAUGAUGAAGCCAAAAUUGGAAUCUUUGUGUCAUGGGCACUGUUUUCAGUACCAAGUUUUGGAAGCGAGUGGUUUUGGGAACGAUGGCAAGAAGACAAAAAUCCAAUGUAUGUGCAGUACAUGAAGGAAAACUAUAGACCUGGCUUCACCUAUGCUGACUUUGCAAGUGACUUCAUGGCAGAGUUUUAUGAUGCUGAGGCUUGGGCUGAACUGUUUGCGGCUUCUGGAGCUAAAUAUAUUGUGUUUAUAACUAAACAUCAUGGAGGGUUUUGCAACUGGCCAACUAACGUCAGUUUCAACUGGAACUCAAUGAUGGUUGGCCCCAAGAGAGACCUUGUCGGUGAGAUGUCUCAAUCACUGAGAUCCAAGACAGAUCUGCGCCUCGGCCUGUACCAUUCCCUGUAUGAGUGGUUCCACCCACUCUUUCUACAGGACAAGGCCAAAAACUACACCACCAACAGGUUUGCUAAGGAAAAGACCAUGCCUGAGCUGUACGAGCUUGUGAACACCUACAAGCCGGACAUUGUGUGGUCCGAUGGCGACCCGCUGGCUCCAGACACCUACUGGGAGUCCAAGGAGUUUCUGGCCUGGCUCUACAAUGACAGCCCAGUGAAGGAGAAGGUCGUCACCAAUGACAGAUGGGGAAAUGGGGACCAUUGUCACCAUGGGGGGUUCUUGACAUGUCAUGACAGAUACAAUCCAGGAGUACUUCAGCCAAGGAAGUGGGAGGAUGCAAUGACAAUUGACAAGAAAUCUUGGGGAUUUCGUCGAGAGGCUGUACUGGAAGAUUUUCUGACCAGUGAUGAGAUUAUAGCAGUGCUGGCUGAAACUGUCAGCUGUGGAGGGAACAUGCUGAUUAAUGUGGGGCCAACCAAAUAUGACAUGAUCAGUCCAAUCUAUGAAGAGAGACUGCGACAGAUGGGAGAAUGGUUGAAGGUGAAUGGAGAGGCCAUCUACGCCUCCAAACCUUGGGUGGCUCAGAAUGACACAAUCACUCCAGGAGUUAGAUGCCUGGUUCAUGGGACACAACCCCCUGUCCCUCUCUUUGCUGAAUUGGCACAGGCAGUCCGCACCAAGACGGACUUAAGGUUCGGUCUGUACCAUGUGCUGUACGAGUGGUUCCACCCUCUCUAUCUCCAGGACAAAGAGAACAAUUUCACAACAAGGAGAUUUGUUGAUUUGUAA